CUCAAGUAAAAGCGCUAAGCCUGACAAAGAAAUCACUUGGCCUGUUUCCUUCUGAUUAAGCCAAAGACUUUCUCCAAGAAAUCAAGAUGGCGGAGCCAGCAACAGUAAUAAAUGAAUCAUCAACCUCUGGGACACGACAAAGACCUAGAGCAGGAUCCCAAUCAGUGAAGACAUCAUCUGACAACAAAUAUACACCUGAACAAGCAAUGGCAGUGAAAGAAAUACUGGCAUGUGGGACGGACUAUUACAAGGUUUUGAGGUUAAAAAGAGAUUGUACCGAGAUAGAGAUCAAAAAGUCUUAUCGUAAGCUUGCAUUGCAAUUUCAUCCAGACAAGAACAGCGCUCCUGGCGCAGACGAAGCUUUCAAGUUAAUUUCAAAGGCAUUUACAGUUUUGUCUGAUCCUCGGAAGAAAGCCAUCCAUGACUCAUCUGGAGGUGAUCCUGAACAGAGAGGCAAUGCUGGAGCUAGCUUUGCUUCUGCAUUUAGUAAUGCGCGAGGAUUUCAACGGGGGGGAAUGGGAGAAGAAAUAUCACCAGAAGAUCUUUUCAAUACAUUCUUUAAUGGUGGCUUUGGGGAAAGCUUUGGUGGACCUGGCUUCAGUAGUGCAACCUUUGUGGGACCAGGAUUCCGUACACAAACAUUUUACACGGGUGGUGGAGCUGGAGGACGUACAACACAAACAUUUGCACAGCAAACGACAUAUCCUUGGUGGACUUCUCUUAUACAACUCUUACCUCUUAUAAUCCUUGUGGGAUAUGCAUUUAUAUCUGGGCUGUUUAAUGCAUCCGAGAGAUGAUCGAUAUAAUAUGUAGGACUGAACUAAGGUGAUGUUUAUUGUUUUGCAUUUGGUACCCCCUUGUAGCUUUUCAUUAAAUGAAUUAUUAGUAAGGUCUUUUGGCACUUGCAGAAUCAGGACCAAUCGAUUUUGUAAUUGUUAAUUAGGCGUUUAUAUUACUAGGGUGUACAAAUAAUAUAUAGAAUAUGUGAUUUCU